AUCAGGUAGUCGGGCUGGACGGGGUGGUUUCGGGUGGAGCGGGCAGUCCUUUGAACCCUGUAUCGAGUUCUGGAAUGAACGUAGCUUUUCCAGACAAAUUUCAAGAGUUGGAAAAAAUGAUCGAGAAACUUCGAGAAGAGCAUAAUAUGGCCCUUCAUAGAUUGAGGGAAGAGAGAGAACGGGGUCUUCAAGAAUUGCAAAAGGAACGAACGUUGUUUGAAAGCCACAAAAGAGAGGAACUCGACAGACUUGAAAAGCUUAAGACAGAAGAGGAAAAAAGAUCAAGACCGCAGAAGACAAACCAACCUGCGAUGUUCAAGGUGCCCCCAAAAAGGAAUGUAACAAAAUCUCGACCUGUGGCCGAUGAUAUUAUAUGCAAGAAGUCAUCAAAAAGGCUCUUAGAACCGAAGACUCCAAAUUUGAGAACAAAGACAAGAUCACGCCCUAACUGUGCCGGAAGAUGUCAUAAGUUCUGCCAAGAAAUGAAACGACCGCAGAAGACAAACCAACCUGCGAUGUUCAAGGUGCCCCCAAAAAGGAAUGUAACAAAAUCUCGACCUGUGGCCGAUGAUAUUAUAUGCAAGAAGUCAUCAAAAAGGCUCUUAGAACCGAAGACUCCAAAUUUGAGAACAAAGACAAGAUCACGCCCUAACUGUGCCGGAAGAUGUCAUAAGUUCUGCCAAGAAAUGAAACGGACAGAAUGUGCCAUCAACAUCACAUCCUUCUGA